AUGGCUACUCUUCUUAUUCAAAUAGAAGCCAUCCUAAAUUCUCGCCCCCUCACACCUCUAUCUGAUAAUCCCUCCGACUUAUAUCCCCUUACUCCUGCUCCCUUCCUGGUUGGACGAUCUCUGAUCUGUUUGCCACAUCCUGAUAUCGUCAAUCGCCGAGCUAGCUCUCUUCAGCGUUUCCAACGCAUCGAGCUACUCAAGCAACACUUCUGGAGUCGAUUUUCUAAUGAGUAUGUUGUAUGGCUCCAACAGAAAACCAAAUGGCACCGGUCCUAUGGCGAGCUGAAAGAGGGAAUGUUCGUCGUUAUCAAGGCGAAGACGUCUGCUCCAUUGAUGUGGCUUCUGGGACGCGUUGUACGUGUCCUGCCUGGAAGAGACGGCGUAGCAAGGGUUGCAGACAUCCAAACGAAGAGGGUGUCAUUCGCCGGGCAUACAAUACCAUAUGCCCCCUGCCUGUCAAGAGCUUUGAACUUGGCACUUCAACGCGGAGAGUCUAUGGUCAAGCCAUAA